AGAGUUAAUAGUUAAAACAACGCAGAAACCUUUCUGAUGAGCAGAAGGUCUGGAUGUGAGGAUGAGGAACGCUCUGCUCUGCAUGCUGGGAUUUUUCUACGUCACAAAGGAACCAACUACACUGACCUCAGAUGCAAUGUUCAUACGAGACCCUGCUUCCAUUAAACCCACUGUAAUCCAGCAACCCAACUGGUCUCUGAUGUUCAGAGGCGAGAAAGUCACUCUGAAAUGUGAGAUCAUUGGAGGAGGAAGUGAGUGGAUGUAUUUAUGGAAAGAACUUGAUUUACUGUAUCCUCCAAAAUCCAGUGAAUACAUGACCCCACCACCUUACAGUAACAAAUACAGCUGCAGUGGAGAAGAAAACAAUCGGCAAACACAAUGGAGUGAUAAUUUCUCAUUAAAUGUUUCAUUAAAUAACCCCAGAGCCAAACUGACAGCAAGUGAUACGAUCAUACCAGCAGGGGGCAGUGUAACACUGACCUGCUCUGACCUCGGUGAAGGCUGGAAGAUUUACUGGUUCAGACAGGAUCCAGAUCAGCCUAUCAGAAUCAAUAAAACAAACGGAGUCUUCAUCGUCUCAGAUGGAGGUGUGUACAGCUGCAGAGGAGGAAGAGGAGAUCCAGUUUUCUACACUGAAAACAGCACAGAGGUCAUUAUUCAUGAAAUUGGUAAACUUGUUCCGUUCCUCUUUGUGCCUCCAUCAUGGCUGAGACCUGGAGCCUCAGUGACUCUGAGCUGUAAGAUUAAACCUCCGGAUGCAGGAUGGAGGUUUUACUGGUAUAAAGCUGUUCCUCAUUCAUCCAAGUGGUACGAGCAAGUCUACAGCCAUGAGCUGCUUCCUGGCAGCACCAGUGGGACUGAGCAGAACUCCUUCAUCGUUAAUGGACCGACUCUCACAGCAGGAUUUGUGUGCAGAGCAGGAAGAGGAGAACCAGCAGAUUACACUGAUUACAGUGAACCAAAGGUUGUCUGGUCUGCAGAUCCUCGUCCAGCAGCUUCUCUCUCAGUGAUUCCUGACAGAGUUCAACACUUCAUCUUUGACUUUGUGUCUCUGAGCUGUGAGGGAAACUCUGCUGAGUGGAGAGUGAGGAGGUUUACAAAAACAGGAGAUCUGUCAGACUGCUCCAAGUGGGGCAGGAUCAGUGGAUCUACGUGUGUCAUCGUCAUAGACCAGAAUCAUACUGGCGUUUACUGGUGUGAGCCUGGAACAGGAGAGUUCAGCAACGCAGUGAACAUCACUGCACGGUAUGAUGAUUCUGCUCCUCUCCUGCUGAGCCCUGCUCAACCUGUGACUGUGGGAGAUCCUGUUACUCUGAGCUGCAGAGAUAAAAAACAACAACUUCUCUCCAAUGUGUUUUUCUAUCACAAUGAUAAACUCCUUGACUCUGGCAGCAGAGGGGAGCUGAAGAUCUCUGCAGUGACAAAGUCAGAUGAAGGUUUCUACAAAUGUCAACAUUCAGGAAAAGAUUCACCAAGGAGCUGGAUGUCUGUUAGAGUAUCUGUGCCCAGUCCUGUCAGCUCUUCGUUUCCUCUGACGUUGAUCGUUGCACUAGUUAGUGGAGUCCUUCUCAUCAUUUUCCUGCUCUUUUUGUGGUGCUACAAGCAGUACAAAGAUUUAAUCAUUAACAGAUUGAGUCAACCAGAGAGAAUCAAUCCAGCCUCAGCCACAAAUUAUGAAGUGACCCAGAAUGACGGUUCUGCUUACAGCUCUCUGCUUCAUGGUGACCAGUCCCUCUAUGAAACAAUCAAGUUCAGCACAGCCUCUGGAAACACAGAGAGGAUUCGUCAUCCAUCAGAAGAUUCUGACUAUGCUAACAUUGACCCAGGGAAAAACGAUCCCACAGCAACAGACUCUGAGUGACGUGAUGGUUCAUUCUUCUCCAUGUUUCAUGAGAUCGAAGCUGUUAUCUCGGAUAACCCUGUGCUUUUAAAUAAUUUUAUUGUAAACUAAAAUGUAUUCCAGGUAUCAGAAAUUCCUCUUCCGUUUUUGUUUUAGCAAAGAGCUGUCUAUUAUAUUCACUGUCCAUUGCUUAUAAGAUUUAUGAAAUGUAACAAAAAUACAUCCUGUUCAUCUUUGAGAUGCUUGUAAUGAUUUGAUCCUGUUGAAUAUUAACAUUCAAAUGUGUAGCACGCUUUCAAAUUUGCUGUUUUAAGUUUCUUUUGCAAUUAAGUUAAAUUCUUGUAAAGGGACACUUUCUAAGUGUCAUUUUACAUUAACAUGUGUUCUUCUGUACAGAAGAAAUGGCAUAUUGGCUCUG